AUGGAAGACCCGGUCAACUGUAGUCCAAACCGGGAGGAGCCCUUUGAGGGAUCCAUCGGUCUUCGCAUCGGUGCCAUCUUCAUCAUCCUCGUCACCUCUGCCGCCACCACCCUCUUCCCGGUCAUCACCAGGAGAUUGCCAAGAGCCCACGUGCCCGACAGUGUCUUUGACUUUGCCAGAUACUUUGGCUCUGGCGUUAUCAUCGCUACCUCCUUCAUCCACUUGUUGGCACCUGGCACCGAAGAGCUCACUAGCCCUUGCUUGAACGCAAACUUUCAAGUGUACCCGUUCAGCUUUGCCUUUGCCAUGAUUGCCGCUUUGUGAGUUCGUCGCGGUAGCUUUCAGGCGGCACGCGUGUGUGGUGCUUGCUGACCCUUUUCUUCUUUUUUGAAUCCAUCGCACUCCUCAGCAUGACCUUCUUCGUCGAGAUCAUGGCCUUCCGUUUCGGCUCCAAAAAGGCGGAACAGCUUGCGUACAAUGGCCAUGCCGGCGGUCACCAUCAUCCUGCAGAGCACGGUACCGUCCCACCCAACGUCACAGAGCCUCUUUCGGGAUCGAGCGACGUGGAGAAGACGCACCAGCCCAAAGACGUUGGUCUCGGCUCUGACAUUGAGGAGGUGGCCGUUCUUGACAAGGACGCCCCCUUGUCUGCUGCUGCGUCUCAGAUCCUUGGCGUACUCAUCCUCGAGUUCGGUGUCAUUUUCCGUGAGUUUUUGCAGUCGCUCGCCCGACGCCGAUCCAUCACUGACUUGCAUCGCCGGUGUUGCUCCCACAGACUCUGUCAUCAUCGGCAUUACCCUCGGCACCACUUCAGACUUCACUAUCCUCUUUAUUGUCAUCAUCUUCCACCAGAUGUUUGAAGGUCUUGGUCUCGGAUCUCGACUCGCCACUUUGCCCAUCUCUAGAAAGUCGCUGAUCCCAUACAUCGGCUGCAUUGCGUACGCUUUGGUGACGCCCAUCGGUCUGGCCAUUGGACUGGGCGUGCGCACGAGCUACAAUGAAGACAGCGCUCGCGCCAACUACGUGACGGGCAUCUUCGACAGCUUCUCUGCAGGAAUUUUGAUCUACACCGGUAUGGUGCACUGCUUGGCUCACGACAUGAUCAUGAACGACAAGUUUAGGACCCUGCCGAUGGGAAGGCUGCUCUUCAAUAUCUUCACCAUGCUGCUCGGCGCUGGCCUGAUGGCCCUUCUUGGUCGCUGGGCUUGA